CGUUCUCAUCUUGGUCCACAACGUGUCGCUUCGUGAACACGGUCUGCUUCUACCUUUCAUCAUGCAUAGCAUAAUUUCCCGCGUCAACAAUGUGUCCGCCUUCUUGUCUACAUGCAUGAUGUGUCUUCUCGGUGCUAUCGCCCUCUCAUCAUUUCUUUUCGCCGCCGAUCCAAAGGGAGAGCUGACAGUCGCCGCUGUGAAAGUAUAUAAUGCCAAAGUCCCUCGAUACCCCCGUAGAAAGCAAGAAAUGGCGUUCGUAAACUUUGAUCUCAAAGCUGACUUGACACCACUUUUCAACUGGAAUACGAAGCAACUCUUUCUAUACUUAGAAGCAGAGUACGUCAAUACCGAAGGGGUGCAUAAUGAAGUCGUGAUAUGGGACCGUAUUGUACGGAGGAAAGAAGAUGCCAUCAUCAAAGUAUCAGGCAAAAACAAAUAUGCGUUCCGAGACGUCUCGCGAAAAUUCAAGGACAUUCCAACAUCAAAUUAUACCCUCAAAUACAACGUGAUGCCUUACGUGGGUCUGUUAACUUACGGCGAAGCCGCUACUACCUUGGAACCGGUCGAGUUUCAUGUCGAAGAUCAUAUAUCAUAGGUGAUUGUAUGAGCUGGUUGUAAUUCAUAGCUACCAAAUAUACAUUUAUACGAUGUAAAUUACGGCUGCAUAAAGCCAGCCGUCAUAUGUCC